AUGGCUGAGAGAUCCGAAAAGGCUGCGGUUAACACAAACGUUGAUCCUUUGCCAGCACUGCAAGCGCAUCUCGAUGUACCACCUCCCCCACACCCUCAAAGGGACAAUAAGCAGAAAGUUUCUGCAGACAAACCAGAAACUAUUGAUUCGAGCAGACGAGAUAGAACAACACUUCCGCCUCCAAAGCCUGGUGGAACACGAACAACUACUCCUCUUCCAACGACAACUAGCAAACCAGAACUUCCGACAUGCAAAAAGGAGCGCAUUUGUGACAGCAAGAGAAAUAGUGAGGAAUUCAGGGAGCUGGUCGUCGCUCUUCAUAAGGAACUCAGAAGAGAACUUGACGUCUAUACAUGGCAUUACUCUGAUGAAGGAUUGAAGGAGCUGGACUUAACAUAUAACUGUACACUGGAGAAGUCGGCCUAUCAACGGAUACAUGAGUGUAAAAAAGCACUCUAUAGCAGUAAAACCCAUAACAGUGCCGUGAUAAGAAGACAUCUUGGUCAAGAAAAAGUCUUAGCAUUUCUGAAGGCGUUUUCCUACUGGCGAAAUGGCAAAGAGAAAGGGACUAAUGAAGACUUCAAGCCGCAUACCGAAUAUGACAAGGUGGAAGGAAAGUAA